AUGGCGAUUGUGAAAAGAGGUGUUCGUACUAAAAAUAAACAACUGCAACAACCCUCUAAGAGCGGUAUUAAAAAGGCCGAGUUUGAUCUUCAUAAGAAGAAAGAAGUCGGAGUUUCAGAUUUGACAUUACUUUCCAAAAUUGCUGACGAUGCAAUCAAUGAUAACUUAUACAAGCGUUUCAUGAACAGUACUAUAUAUACAUAUAUUGGACAUGUUUUGAUUUCCGUGAAUCCGUUUGAAGAUUUAGGUAUUUAUACUCCGGAAAAUUUAAAUAAAUAUAAGGGCAAAAACAGAUUAGAGGUUCCACCGCAUGUUUUCGCCAUUGCGGAAUCAAUGUACUAUAAUUUGAAGUCAUAUGGCGAUAACCAAUGUGUUAUUAUAUCUGGUGAAUCUGGUGCCGGAAAGACUGAAGCAGCCAAACAGAUCAUGCAAUAUAUUGCGAAUGUUUCGGUCGACGAUCAAAUCGGUGCGGGAGGAGACGGAGACAUCUCUAAAAUCAAAGAUAUGGUGUUGGCUACGAAUCCUUUAUUGGAGUCGUUUGGUUGUGCUAAGACAUUGAGAAAUAAUAACUCAUCUAGACAUGGUAAAUACCUUGAGAUAUACUUUAACCCAACUAACUACCAGCCAGUUUCAGCGCAUAUUACCAACUAUCUUUUGGAAAAGCAAAGAGUUGUCUCUCAGAUAACGAAUGAACGUAAUUUCCAUAUUUUCUAUCAAUUCACCAAGCAUUGCCCACCACAAUAUCAACAGUCAUAUGGUAUUCAGGGGCCUGAAACUUAUGUCUAUACAUCUGCAGCCAAAUGUAUAAAUGUUGACGGUGUAGAUGAUUCAAAGGAUCUUCAGGAUACUUUGAGGGCUAUGCAAGUCAUUGGAUUAUCACAGGAUGAGCAAGAUAAUAUUUUCAGAAUGCUAGCACUGAUCUUGUGGGUUGGUAAUGUUUCGUUUGUGGAGGAUGACAACGGAAAUGCUGCAAUUAGAGAUGAAAGUGUAACUGCUUUCAUAGCCUAUUUAUUAGAUGUUAAUGCGGAAACAUUAAAGACAUCCCUCAUUCAAAGGGUAAUGCAAACGUCACAUGGUAUGAGAAGAGGAUCUACAUACCAUGUUCCCUUAAACAUCGUCCAAGCUACAUCCGUACGCGAUGCAUUGGCAAAGGGCAUUUAUAAUAAUCUUUUUGAUUGGAUUGUGGAAAGAGUGAAUUUAUCUUUACAAGGUUCAGGAGCAGUCCAUGAAAAAAAAUCGAUUGGUAUUUUAGAUAUUUAUGGUUUUGAAAUCUUUGAGCAUAAUUCCUUCGAACAAAUUUGUAUCAAUUAUGUGAAUGAAAAAUUACAGCAGAUUUUUAUCCAAUUAACCUUGAAGGCAGAACAAGAUGAAUAUGUUCAAGAACAAAUUAAAUGGACACCAAUAGAUUAUUUCAAUAAUAAAGUUGUUUGUGAUUUAAUUGAAUCUUUAAGACCUCAACCAGGCUUGUUUGCUGCUUUGAAUGAUUCUGUUAAGACUGCUCAUGCAGAUUCAGAUGCAGCAGAUCAGGUCUUCGCACAAAGAUUGAGCAUGGUGGGAGCGAAUAAUGCACAUUUUGAGGACCGUAGAGGUAAAUUCAUUAUUAAGCAUUAUGCUGGUGAUGUGACAUAUGAUGUAGCUGGAAUGACAGAUAAGAACAAAGAUUCGAUGUUACGUGAUUUGUUGGAAGUAUUAUCCACAUCCUCAAAUAGUUUCGUCAGUCAAGUUUUGUUUCCACCUGAUUUACUCGCGGCAUUAACGGACUCCAAGAAAAGACCAGAAACAGCAUCAGAUAAGAUCAAGAAAAGUGCGAACUUGUUAGUUGACACAUUAUCACAAUGCCAACCAUCUUAUAUCAGAACAAUCAAACCAAAUCAAACAAAGAGACCUAAGGAAUACGAUAAUAAUCAAGUGUUACAUCAAAUUAAAUACUUGGGUUUGAAAGAAAAUGUUAGAAUUAGAAGAGCAGGUUUUGCUUAUCGUACGACUUUCGAUAAAUUUGUCCAAAGAUUUUAUUUGUUGUCGCCUAAAACAGGGUAUGCUGGAGAUUAUAUUUGGCAUGGUGAUGAUUUAACUGCUGUUCAUGAAAUCUUAAGAUCCUGUCAUAUCCCUGAUUCGGAAUAUCAAAUGGGUACUACAAAGGUUUUCAUAAAAACGCCCGAGACAUUAUUCGCUUUAGAAGAUAUGAGAGAUAAGUAUUGGCAUAAUAUGGCGGCUAGAAUCCAAAGAGCUUGGAGACGCUAUAUAAAAAGAAAAGAUGACGCAGCAAGAUUGAUUCAAAGUGCCUGGAAAAACAAAACUCACGGUAAUCAAUUUGAACAAUUGCGUGACUAUGGAAAUGGUCUAUUACACGGUAGGAAAGAACGUCGUAGAAUGUCCAUGUUAGGGUCUCGUGCAUUUAUGGGUGAUUACUUGGGUUGUAAUUAUAGUUCUGGUUUUGGUAGAUUCAUUAUGAGUCAAGCAGGUAUCUCAGAUAGAGUCAUUUUUUCUGCUAAAGGUGAUAUCUUAUUAUCAAAAUUUGGAAGAUCAUCUAAGAGACUAUCGAGAAUUUUCAUAUUGACUAAGAACAGUUUAUAUGUUAUAGCCCAAACUUUAGUCCAGAACAGAUUACAGGUGCAGAAGGAAUUUACAAUUCCAGUAAGUGGAAUAAAUUACGUUGGAUUAUCUAUUUAUCAGGAUAAUUGGGUGGCUGUCUCUUUGCACUCGCCUACCCCAACAACCCCUGAUAUUUUUAUCAACUUAGAUUUCAAAACUGAACUUGUUACCCACUUGAAGAAAUGCAACCCUGGUUUGAAUAUUAAGAUUGGACAAACAGUUGAAUAUCAAAAGAAGCCAGGAAAGUUCCAUACCAUUAAAUUUAUUAUAGGAAAUACAGCUCCAGCAAAUGGAGAUAUCUACAAGUCAGGUACUGUUACUGUCAGACAAGGUUUACCUGGAAAUAGUCAAAAUCCAAAAAGACCUAGAGGAGCAGCAGGUAAAGUGGAUUAUAGCAAAUAUUAUAACAGAGGCAGCAAUGUGAGAUCGACAUCGUCAUACCAACCUCCAGCAGUAUCAAAGGCCCCACAAAGUAGCAGACCUUCAUAUAUUCAGCCACCAGUUCAACAAACUCAGCAACAUGUGGUUCCUCAGGUACAAUCUCAACCCAAACGACAGACCCAGAGAUAUGCUCCACCAGACACUCAAUCCCACGCACAUCCAGAACAAGCAGCUCAAGCAGCCCAAGCGGCGUUUCAGCAUACAGCACCACAGGCACAAAAUACAGCACAGAGAAAGGUACCACCUUCUGCACCUGGUUCGUAUGGCCAGCAAGCGUCAACACAAAAGCCCGUGGCACCUUCAAGGCCAGCAAAGAAGACCGCUCCUGUACCACCAGUAAAGAAAAAUGUUCCACCGCCUCCACCACCUGCUGCAGCAUCACCACCCCCAAAACCAAAGUUCCCAACUUACAAGGCAGCAUAUGAUUUCCAAGGUACCGGAAGUGCUUCGGAGUUGCCAAUUUCAAAAGAAACUAUUGUCUACAUUACUCGUAAAGAAGAUAAUGGUUGGUGGUUGGCAAAGACCUUGGAUGAAACUAAAGAAGGUUGGGUACCUGCCGCGUAUGUCGUAGAAUGUGAUCCUCCUGCAAACUCACCAGCAGGGAAUGCUAAGUCCCCUCCACCUCCUCCACCACAAUUAAACUCAGCAUCUCAAGUACAACAAAGCCAACAACAAGCACCAGCCCUGAAUGGUGCUGGUUUGAGUAAUGGCUUAGCUGAUGCUUUAAAAGCUAAGAAAAGUGAAGAGACUAACUUGGCUGGGUCCUUAGCAGAUGCAUUGAAAAAGAGGAAGGGUGCCACAGGUGACAGUGAUGAAGAAGAUGAAGAAGAUGACGAUGAUUGGUAA